UUUGCCGGGUAGUCAGUCACUGAGUGGCGGAAAGUAGGCAGUGAGGCGAGGACAAGGCUCAAGCGCGAAGAUAAUGUUCCGAGAGGUGGCAACGGCAGUUUUAGGAAGGAGAGAUGCUGGGAGCAGUCACCAGAUCCUUCAGUCUAUAAAGGAUGAGUUGGCCUGGCGUCAAAGUGAAGGCGUAAGGAAGAUGGCUGAGCGGCAGGUGGCCCUCCAGGUGGCGUCUAGCAGGGAACGCCUCGCUUGGAUCCUGCCGAUGGUCGGGUCUUCCGCAGUGUUCUUGUUGGCUGGCUACCGCAGCACCAGAAGCAGCGUGGUCCUCUAUCCGCUUGUGCCUAUGUUCUUCGGCCUCCUUUACCAGUGUGACCUUGCGUACGGUAACAAGACGAACAGAAUCAAAGGCAUCGCUGAACGCAUCCUAACCGAAGAGACGAGCAUGAUCUACGUCCCGGAAUGGCAUUAUACCCGCGGUGACUCUUGCCAUGACUUCGCCAAAAACACCCUGCUGCUCUGAAGGGCUGCCCGCCUCCAUAUUCCAUCUCGCUCCUAGCUAAGGGAACCACACGCCGACCUUCAGAAGCCAUUCUCGCCUCACUCACUCUCGCCUGUUCAGCAUAGAUAGUUCCUUCGAUCCGUGUACUGUUAAUAUCAUUGCUUGCUUUGUCUGUCUGUCUAAAACGUGAUUCAGAAACGCGAUGGAAGUAGAUGAAUGAUUUAAGAAAUGCACUAUCCUCACCAGUACUUCUUUAUGUGUUAUUUCGAUUAAAGGAAUGUCUUUCAUAUUUAGAUAUUCUAUAUGAGUAAGUUUUAUAUGAAGCAAAGAAAUGCGCUUUUGUCAAUCAGCAAUUAGUUUUGUAGAAACAGUCAGUAAAUAUUCUUCUGCUGGCCGAGAAUAUUGUACUGCUGGAAGUCCUAUUCAUUGACUUUAAUGCACUGGAAUAAACUGGUAUACAUUACGCAUUCACAGAACCUAGAGCACGGAUGCACGCCAGGACUUUCAUUUUUCAGGUAAUUACUUCAGAUCAACGUAAUUUCACUAUUUUUUAAGGUAAUACUCAAUCCUAUCUUAAAUCAACCAUUAACAGCCAAUCUUUGAACUGGAAAGAAAUUGGAAAAUGUAUUAUUUUUCUUUCAGCAGUCUUUGGUCUCCCCACUGGAAGCAACACUGAUUUGACGAAUGUUGCAGAAAGAUUCUUUCCACCCUCUGAUACUUAUAAGCGUUAAGCUUGGCGUUUCAGAAUUAAUACUAAGCGAAGAAAUGUUAUCCCAUGAAUGAGCACACUGUUAUAUAUAAAAGAUGAGCAUUCUUGUGCUAACUGUUGCUGGAAGUCCUAACUUAAUGCACGCCGCGCAUGCGCAGCAAUUUCGUGCACGUAACACUGGUAUUACGUAAUCAUUUCUACGUUGUUUCUGAGAGGUACUGGUACUAUUUUUGUUAGGUUUUAGUAACGACGAUGGCAGUAAUAACGUGCCAGAAACUGACGUGAUUUUAUGUCUUGCAUAAUCUAUUAAAAUGUUGUCAUUCGUGCUGGGGUGACGAGGGUUUUCAUUACUGACAGUAGUAUUCACCGUCCCGAUUCUAUUGUCACACACACACACACACACACACACACACACACACACACACACACACACACACACACACACAGACACACACACACACGCACACACACACACACUUGAUAAGAUGCCGAUGUUAUGGUAAGAUAACUGUCAAAUAAAGACCAUCCUCUUUU